AAUUAUUGUCAAUUGUUCAUAAAACAAUAUUAAAAGAAAAAUACUAGCUCUGUUUUUAAUUGAGAUGUUAGAAGUGUAUGGCAGUAUGGCGUAUGAUGAAUGAUCCUAUGUUUCAGUUUAUAUGUAUUAUCUGUGAUCUUAUGCUAUGAUGUAUCUGUCAUAAGUUAGUUCCACAAUUAGCCACCAGAGGAUUACGCUUUAGUAAUAUAAAUACAAUGCAGUUUGCACCUGGUAAAAUAGAAGUUUUACUUGAAGGUAAUUUUAAAAAUUGUAAAAUAAAAAUACAUUCAGAUUAAAUGAUACAAUUGGAAAAUUGAUUAAGCCCUAAGAUUAAUACACCCUUGUUUUUUAAUAUAUACAUGAUAUCAGCCGUCUUACGGUUGUGGUUGCGAAGUUCAGAAAAAUAAAAAGUUGGACUUAGCAUUAAAUUAAGUGAAUUUUAUAAAUUAAUAUUUAAAAUGACAAAACUGAAUGAAUAUUAACACAAUAUUGUAAAAAGAUACAGUUUAUAAAAUAUACAGAUUAAGAAUUGUAAUUUUUUUAAGUGCAAAUAUAUUGAUAGUAUGUUUAUUAUUUGUGUGAUAUUUAAAAACAAAUACUGAAAUUGUGAUUUCAAUGCAAAAUCGUAACGCAUAUUUGAUUUGACAAUUUAUUUUUUCAUUAUGGCAACAUAGAAUAUUUUAGGAGUUGCGCGCUAAGAUUGAAUCAAAAUAAAUAGGUCGAUCAAUAGCCUGAAGAGAAGAGAAAAUCUAGAUUUAGGUCUCAUCUCUUUCGUUCGGACGGACACAGCGUCCUAACCCGAUCUGUACCUAAAUUGGUGUAUUGAUUACGUGUUUCCGUCCAUUUCGCGAGUGUCAUUCAAAUGCAGGGCAGUUUUAAGAUUCAGCUCAUAAACAUGGGGACACGGGCAGCGGCCUGUAAGUUAAAUAGUGAUGAAACGUCGCUUUACCGCUCAUAUAUUCGAUUACGCCGCAUGCAUGUCCAUUAACGCAUUUCUUUUUCAGAGGUGACUCGAUUCUCCGGCCUUAUUUAUAGAGAAAGCUUUAUGUGUGUCCCUAAUGCAGUCCACGCAGGCGUUCGAUAAUAUGCAGCUUGUUUUGGAGCCGCUGAAUCUGAAAGUCACUGCGAAGAUCCGGAGCCUGUACGACUGCCAGCUCCGGUUGAUGCACAACAUACAGCCACUACCCUCAGGCACUGAUAUCGCUAAUACUGUCAAGUACUUCUCACAGACACUUCUCAGUGUUCUGAAAGAUGUACCGAGAUCACCUUUAGAAAUGAUCCGCGAUGCGGACUGCGAUGCGGAGCGGAUGGGAUUAUAUCCCAAUUUAGAUUACAAGGGGUUAUUUAAUGCAAUCUCUCAGCUCGUCGAUUCUGCUCCACACUUACAAUAUGGAAUACAAGCGUUCGGUCAAGCUGUUCUGCAAUGCUUGGGUUGUUUGCUGCCUUUCAUGGAGUAUGAUAUGAUUGAUAAUUUGCCGUAUCUAGUGGCAUACUGUGUUGCAGUCUUCCCUGCGACAUUACACCAGGAAAUAUUAAACCUACUAUGUUACUAUAUACUCCCAUUCACCAUCACUCGUCGGUACUCGGGGUUAGAGGAAGAAAGCGAAGCGUCUCAGUCUGUUGGUGCCAUUAUAAUGAUGGUGUUCCAGCAUUCUAAUAACCCUGCUCACCACUGCCAGCUGCUGGAAUGCCUGAUGUCGAUGAAGCAGUGGGUGGUGAAGGACUUGCUGUGCGUGAUCGCGUACGGCACGUGCGGCGCCCGGGUCUCCGCCGCGAAGCUCCUCUUCUACUACUGGCCACCCUUCGACGCGAAACUCUUCGACAGGAAGGGAUUGCUUUGCAAGUUCUCCAACGACCUGGUGCCGUUCCUGUGCCAGCGCGACAUGUGCGGCAACGCGGGCGCGGCCGAGGCGGCCAAGGUGUGCUACGACCACUGCAUCAGCGUCACCUUCGCCUCCGACACGCCGCCGCCGCUCUACCUCUGCAUCGAGUGCGCCAACGAGAUACACAGGGAACACCCUAACCAACGCUUCCAUGACAUCCUACAUCCUCAGCAGCAAGUUUCCAUGGUUUGUGAGAACAAGAACUGCCGCUCAACAGAUAAGGCGGCCUACUCGAUUUGUUUCUCAAACGAGUGUGCGAGUUACAAUGGCAACCAUCCUAUCAGAUACUGCCAGCAAUGCCACGGAAAUCGACACAACAGUCGCCGUGGUGGCGACCACGUGGUGCAUACGAGACUACCACCGGCUUGGCAGAUGGAUAGUGACAUGCAGACCAAUCUUGUAGAGGCGAUUAUUAGCCUUCUGAAAGAAGCUAAACCGAUCAACAUGGAGGAUCCCGACAUAACUACCGACCAACUGAAGGCACCUCUCCAUGUCAGUCUCCCGGACCCGAUAUCCAUCGAAGACAGGCAGCUGCUCGGACGAUACGGAGUGUGGUUGAUGGUCGGGCUGUGCACCCCGAACCCCGACACCCCCGACGAGGUGCUCGGACGUCUGCUCUCGGUGCUCUUCCACUGGUUCCACGUGACGUCGUACUCCUACACCGGCGAGACGGCGAGCACGGUGGAGAAGCUGAAGGCGGAGCACGCGUGCCCGUGGCUGCGCGACAUCGCGGAGCGGCAGCGCCGCGUGCUGGUGGCGUGCCUGCUGCCGCACCCGCCGCAGCACACGCGCCAGGCCGGCCACUGGGACACGCUGGCGUCCAAGGCGCACCACCUGCGCGACGGCCUCAACCGGCUGUACUGCUUGAUCCCGUACGGGAUUAUCACUCAGUCCAUAUGGGACUUCAUCAUGCCCGCUUGGAUGGAAGCGAUAUGCUCUGACGUACCUGAAAAGGAAUUGCUAGACCUCAAAAUAGCACUGACUAAGAUCCUGGAACCGGACUGUAGUAUGGUGGGGAUGGACGAACGUAACCUGUACAACUUCGCUACUCUCAGAGUGACGGACAAACCCCGGCCGGACACGGUGUUGCCAGUACUGGAAUGGUUUCAGACGAUAUCAUUUCUGGAGGUGAAGGUCCCGCUGUCUACAUUAUUCGAUCUCUUCAGCCAUUGCGUAAUCAACUUGCCUGAGAAGAUUUGUAAACCGCCCGAAGACAACAAAACGAAAACUGAAAGCAACGAAUCACCGCCCGAAGAAAAGGCGAAAGACGACGAGACCAAACCGCAGAAUCUAACUUGCUGCAUACUUAUGCUAGAUAUUAUAUUAAAACAGAUGGAGCUGCAGCAUCAUCGUAUCAAUAUACAGACUGUCAGCAGCGAAGCGACGAAGCUACUGCGUCUGAUGUUGAAGUCUAAUCAAAUGAAUACCAUCGAACACGCGGAGUGCCGGUCGGGCGGCGCGUGCGCGUACUGCGAGGCGGCGGCGCUGUGCCACCAGCUGGCCGUGCGCCUCGUGCGCUCGCUCGUGCCGCGCGCGCCACCGCUACCGUCGCAGGCGUCCGUGGAGGAGUGGUCGGAGCCUCAGCGCGCGUCGGAGGACGAGCGCAGCCGCUCGGGCGACACGCCGGCCGCCGACGCGCCGCACGCGCUGCCGCACCCGCUGGCCGAGCGCGCCUCCGUGGGCGGCGUGCUGGUGCACAUGCCGCAUUUUGUUCAUUUCAUGCAACUGUCACUAAUAAGCGACGUCGGCUCGGACGCCACACUGACUAAAUCGUCAGGCGAUACGCAAAUAAUGACGGCGACGGUGGAGACGAUCACGGAGCAGCUGGACAUGGCGGUGUCGCUGCCGCCGCCCGAGCAGCCGCCCGUGGCCACCGCGCACUCCGUCACGCUCACCGACACCGACGUGGCCACCGCCACGGCCAACGUGUCAACGCCAAACCUGUUAGGUGAUCACGAAGGUGAAUCGGUAGAAGAGGAUAUGACAAAUUUUUGGCCCACGUCAGCUGGAAAGUUUCACUUUUGCAUUGAGGAGUUACCUCAAGAGCUGCAGUACAUACAUCAAUUACUGCAGGAGUUAAAAAAUACUAAGCGGCCCGACGUCCUGUAUCACCUGCUGCAGUGUCUGCAAGUUCUCGUGUUGAACACCGAUGCGCUCGCUGAGCACAAAGGAUUUUUAAUAUGGUGUCAGGAAAAUCUACUUAUUGACAACCUGUGGAACGUGUGCGACGCGGCACAGUCGCACAUCAGCUCGGUGGCCGUGCCCGUGCUGCUGCACUGCGUGACGCUGGCGGGCGGCGCCGACGUGUUCUGUGCGCUCGUGCGGGACGCCUUCCACCACCCCGACCCCACCAAACGCUUCACCGCCGUCGAAAGGGUCACCAUGCUCAUCAGGUUCAUGGACGGCUCUCCCAUAAAGUCAAGUCUGCCGCUUCAAACUGCGUUGGCCACUGCGUUCUGCUACCUCAUCUCCAGUAUGGACGACAUCAGCGUGUACGUCGCGCAGCGCGCCACGCUUUACAUCGGCACCAUACACGAUAACGCCAUCGAUCUGCUGCUCUACUGCCUGGAGACGCAGUUCGACUUGGUCGUGGUCGACCGGCCCAUGAUCCUGCAGUCCGUCUACCAGCUGCACAACACCCUCAGCGACCGACGCAUCCUCACCUGGGAGUUCUUCCUGAACCGGUUCGAGGCGCUGUUCCUGGAGGCGCAGAUCAACUCGAACCGGAGCGCCGAGGCGGCGAACGGGCGAGGUGAGUGGCGACGGGAGCGUGGGCGGCGCGCGGCGGGCGUGCGGGGCGCGGCGCGCUCGCUGGCGGCGUCGUUCGGCGCCAAGUGGCCGUACAAGCGCACCGUGUCCGCGCCCGCCGCCGUGCCGCCGCCCGCGCGCGCCCGCGGCGGCGAGCGCGACAAGGUCUACGCGCGCCAGUACUCGGCGCCGCUGCUCAAGCGCAAGACGUCGCGCUUCGGCCUGGGCCUGGGCCUGCUGCCGCACGCGCCGCCGCACGCGCCGCCGCCCGCGCCGCCGCACGCUCCAGAUGGGAUUCAUUCUCUUUCCGGGCGAUCAGAAGAAACCCUGACAACGGUUGUACCCAAAGCAGCCGACCUAGAGGAGGCUGAUAAGGAAACCACUAAUCUGUUGGUCUUCCUAUUGAUGCAGUUCUUGUCAAGAUCGGAUCAAGCUCAUCCAACUGAAGACAAAACGAUUCAGAAGACCCAGGAAUUAGUUUUACGGCAUCUGUUCUUGUUGCUUGGAUAUAAUUCCGUGGAAAAGUAUUUUACAAUAUCGCCGCAUACGCUUCGGCUGUCUUCAAUAUUCAACGCGUUUAUGGCGAAUCUGCCUCAAGUGUUGGAUCAGAACCACGUGAUGGGGGCCAGCAUCGCUGAGCCCACGCUGAUGUUAUUGCAGCACUGCGCGCGGCCGGCCGUGGCGGCGGGGGGCGCGGGGGGCGCGGGCGGCGCGGGCGGCGCGGGCGCGCACUCGCUGGCGGCGCUGGAGCCGCACGUGCGCCGCCACUGGCUCAUGGCGCUGCUCGUGCUGCUCUACAAGUACCACUACAGCAACGGUCCGCUGUGCACGCUGAUGGGCUCGCUGGUGCGCUGCGUGCUGCAGUCCGUGGAGGCGCAGCACCACCAGUGUAAGCGCAUCCCGCCGGUGCUGCUGCUGCCGCAGCACCAGCAGCACCAGCCGCAGCAGCACCAGCAGCCGUUUCCCCAGCACUCGCACACCGUGCCUCAUCGUGCGAGGGAGAAUCGCGAGCCGGUGCCGAAGACCGAAGACGCGACUACGAAGUCCCCGGCGCACUGGCCAGACCCGCCUGAACCUCCUAAAUACCAGCAGUGGAGUCUGGAGCAGGAGUCGUCCGAGAGCGAGCUGAUCGCCAUCCCGGAGACCAGUGACAAGUCGGACACCACUGUGCACGGGAGCACUGCACCUGGUUCGUUUGACGAGCCGUCGCACUACGAAGACCCGCCCAACGUGUGUCACGCACAGGCAGUCGUAUCUCCCUACCCGACUAUCAGUAGAGUCCAGCCUGCUGUUGGGUCGAGGUCAGCUCAACAGCUUUCAACUAGCUCGUCGGUCUCCAUCGGCAGUGACUCUUCAAAUUUGAAAUCGACGCCAAUGAGCGGGCAUUCGGUGGAGAUAUGGCCGGAUCAGUUUCACCAGAACUCUCCGAGGACUAGGUUGCUCGGCAAACAGAAGAGGAUCGUAGUGGGCAGCAGCACGUCGCCCGACACGGCGGCGUCCUCCAACGGGGACGCGCUGCACGCGCCGCCCGCGCCCCCCGCGCCCCCCGCGCACCACGCGCUGCUCCGGAGCCCCGGCGUGGCGUACGCGUCGCCCGAGUCGCCGCUGUCGAAGAUGGAGCUGGGGUGGAGCGCGCCGCCCCCCCACGCGCACGUGCACUCGCUGUCGCACGCGCACGCGCACGCCCACGCGCACGCGCACAUACACGCCUUCCACAUGGCGCCGCCCGCGCCGGAGAGACUUCUGCCCAUCGGCCCUAAGCCUAACAAGGAACAGUACCCAGUAUUCAACGCGCUCGUAGACAGAGUGAGAGAGGCCCUCAAUGUUCCUGACGUGUUUUCAGAUGAUUCCACGGAGCGGACGGACUCCAGCGACCACGAACCCCGACCCGCCGAGCCGCGCGAGCAGCCGCGCUCCCCGCGGCGCCUGUCCCGCCAGGCGGCGCAGCUGGGCUCCCCGCCCGCGCCGCGCCCGCUGUCCACCGUGUCCGUCGGUACGGCGCGCCUCCUCCCUCGGGAGACUUCGACUUUGUUUCAAAUCUUUUUGAAUUUCUACAGCGGGCAGGGCUGGUGGGCGGGCACGCGCCGCGCCGCGCGCCGCGCCGCGCACGCGCACGCCGACGCGCGCCGCCCCGACCACACGCUGCGCUACCGCUGUGGCGAGUGCGGGGGUGCCAUGGAGCAGUACAGCGACGAGGAGUUGGGCCUGUGUGUGAUCGUGCUGGCCACCUUCGUGCGACGGGAGCCUGCUGCUGCCGCUGCGCUGCUGCCGGCGCUACUGCACAGCGUCACGCGAGUGGUGCAGCUGGGCAGCUACUCGUGGCAGGCGGAGAGCAGCACCCGCCUGCCGGGCAGCGCCGUGUUCGUGGCGCACCAGUUCCUGCGCUGUGUGCUGCACCAGCUCGCCCCCAACAACGUGUUCCUGCAGCUCUUCCUGCAGCGGACACCCGAGAAGCAGAGGCAAAUGUUCUUCAAGAGCGUGGCACAAGCGUUCGUGGACUUCAACGAGCUGUACCCGUGCGGCCCGCUACAGCUGCUCAUCGAGCAUCUCAACUCGAAAAAGACCCUGCCCAUCGACCAAAUGGGCGUCAUCGCGGGCAACAUGGCCAUGUACCUGGAGUGCCUGGCGCCCGAGGCGCUGGGCCCGCUCAGCGCCUGCAGCGCGCUGCUGGCGGCGCUCGAGGCGCUGCUGCGCGCCGUGGCGCUGCAGCUGCCGCAGCUGGACGACGCGCUGCCGCUGCUGCGCGUGUGCGCCGCCGCGCUGCGCGUGCCUGCCGCCACCCACCACAAGAGCCUGCUGGAGCCGAUGUCGAAGAUCGUGAGCUACGCGAUCCAGAACUUCACGGUGCGGCUGUCCGUGGUGAGCGAGGUGAGCGCCGGCUGCAUCCGGGCCUUCGCGCGCGACCGCGACAAGCUGCUGCUGUGCCGCGUGCUGGUCUACGAGCUGCUGCACGCGCUGCGCACCAAGACCACCGUGCCCGACGACAACCUGUUCAUCCUGCUGCAGUUCGUGCUGCAGGGGCACGGCGCGACGCUGCUGCUGCCGCCGCAGCUGCAGGCGGGCGAGCUGCUGGCGGGCGGGGCCGACGCGCGCGAGCUGGCCGGCGGGCCCGUCGACUGCAUGCGCCCGCAUCUGCCUGACAUGCUGGAGCUGCUGCACGACCCGCACCUGCUAAACAAGAUUAAGGGUUCGGUCUCGAAGUCGAUAGUGAAUCGCAACCUCAUCUGUCUGAACGAGGACACGCUGGGCGCCAUCGUGAAGGGCGGCAUCGCGCAGUACGUGGCCAUGGAGCUGGCGCUGGAGCAGAGUCGCGGCAAGCAGGACCGCGGCCCGGCCCGGCACGUGCUGCCGUGGCUGGCCACGUCCUUGCCGGGGUCGCGUGACGUGAACGAGUGCGUGGGGCGGGUGCGGCAGGUGUCGUGGGUGGUGCUGGGGGCGCUCAGCAACGCUCGUCACCACCCGCUGCAGCUGCCCGUGCCGCUCGACGCCACGUGCCACCUCACCGACCUCAUACAGAGCAUCAUGUCGUCGUACGUGGAGUCCGGCGCGGAGAGCUCGCAGCGCAUGAGCGCGCUGUGCGCCGCCUUCGUGCUGUGCCAGCUGUGGACGCUGUACGCGCAGCGCGCCAACGCGCACGACCUGCUGCUGCACUUCUGGUGCAAGCUGGUGCCCACGCUGGCGCAGCUCACGCACGCCUCGCGACUGCUGGCCGAAACGGUGAACCUGCACUUCCUCAGCCUCCUGGAGUCUCUGCUGGAGUGCAACUCGACCGUCCUCAACAAGCUGCUCCCGCUGUGGGCGCCCAUCCUGCACUCGCCGCUGUUCACCAUGCCGCGGCACGUGCAGAGCCGGCUGCAGUGCUGCGGCGAGCUGCGGCCGGCGCGCGCGAGCGGCGCGCUGGAGCACCGGCGCCUGUACCGCCUGCUGGCGCGCCUGGCGCAGCUGGAGCUGCAGCCGCACUCCUUCUACUUUAUAUGAGCGCCCCUGCACUGUUAUCGUAGGAGAUAUUGAUAUAUUAAAUUCAUUUAAAACAUUGUU